GUUUCUUCAACAGCGGUUAAAAAAGGCUGUGCCCUAUAACCGCAUGAAACUUAUGAUUGUGGGAAACACGGGGAGUGGUAAAACCACCUUACUGCAGCAAUUAAUGAAAACCAAGAAAUCAGAUGCUGAGAUGCAGAGUGCCACCGUUGGCAUAGACGUGAAGGACUGGCCUAUCCAAAUAAGAGGCAAAAGGAAGAAAGACCUGAUUCUAAAUGUGUGGGAUUUCGCAGGUCGGGAGGAAUUCUACAGCACGCACCCGCACUUCAUGACCCCGCGAUCCCUGUACCUCGCCGUCUAUGACCUCAGCAAAGGGCAGGCGGAAGUUGAUGCUAUGAAGCCUUGGCUAUUCAAUAUAAAG